AUGAAAGGUAUACUCCAGACAGCUCUUUAUACUCUUGCUGCCGCUACAGUAGCCACCGCGCAGCUACCAGUGGUACCGACCGACUUGAAAACCAUCACCACUCCACAAGGAGUGAAUAUUCGUUACAAAGAACCGCAGAUCUGCGAGACUACACCAGGAGUCAAGUCAUAUUCCGGAUUUAUCGAUGUCGAUGAUGACAACCACCUCUUCUUCUGGUUCUUCGAGUCGAGAAGGGACCCGGGCAAUGAUCCUAUCACUUUGUGGCUCAAUGGCGGGCCUGGUGGAGAUUCGAUGAAUGGUGUUUUCGAGGAACUUGGUCCUUGUUUCUUGAAUGAAGACCUGUCAACUCGACUAAAUCCAAAUUCGUGGAAUGAGGUAUCUAACAUGCUAUUUCUGAGUCAGCCUGCUGGAGUGGGCUUCUCUUACGGGUCGAAGACGACCGAUCCACUAGAACAGAUAGUAAUGGGUGGCAUGACGGAAGUUCUUGAAGGGAGAUUCGCAACUGCCGACUGGGCCAAAACCAAUUCCACUGAGUCUGCGGCUGUGACUGCUUGGAACGCCAUUCAGGCAUUCUGUGCGGGCCUACCGCAACUGGCUCCUGACGUCAGGUCGAGCACGUUCAAUCUGGCCACCGAGUCGUACGGUGGCCAUAGGGGCACUGGUUUUAUUAACCAUUUCUGGAAACAAAAUAAGCUGAUUGCUAAUGGUACCAUCACUGGAAGUGAACUCAACAUCGACAGCCUCAUUAUCAUCAAUGGUCUGAUUGACACGCGAACCCAAGCUGCGUCAUACCCGCGGUUCGCCAGAAACAACACACAUGGCGUCGAGGUCAACGAUUCGGUGGCCGACUAUAUGGAGUUUUCGCUCACUAUGGACGUGAACGGCUGUCAUGCCAUGAUCGACGCUUGCGAAGCCUAUUAUGCAGUUGACAACGGCACCACAGCCUCCGGCAGACUCGCGUGCAGUGAAGCAUCCACAGCUUGCAGGCGAGGCUCGGAACUGCCUUAUGUGGUUUACUCUGGGAUUGAGGACGUCUAUGAUGUCCGUAACAAAACAGAAUUUCCCAAUCCGGCCCCAGUAACACCUACCUAUCUCAACCAAGCCAAAAUCCAACGUGCCCUAGGGGUGGAUACCAAUUACACAACCAAGGACAACUUGCAAGUGUUGGCCGCUUUCUGGGCCACGGGUGACUAUAUCAAUCCUAAAAUCAUGAGGCAAUUUGAGGAACUGUUGGACGACGCACCCGUCCGAAUAGCCCUGAUCUACGGUGAUUCGGAUUUCAUCUGUUCUUGGUACGGCGGCGAAAACGUUUCGUUAACGGCCAACUAUAGCGGCGCCGAAGAUUUUCGCAAGGCCGGCUACGUGCCCCUGAUGGUGGACGGUGUUCGGUACGGAGACACUCGAGAGUACGGCAACUUUUCCUUCACUCGAGUUUUUGACGCGGGUCAUAUGGUCCCCUGGUGGCAGCCGGAAGCUUCUUUGGCCAUGUUCAAUCGGACUCUCAACGGUCGGGACAUUGCCACAGGAAAUGUUAAGAUCAGGGAUGGUUACGGCACAGUCGGUCAACCCGAAUCGACAUACAGUCAGAAGUUGAACCGUGGGGGUCCUUCGAAGAAGAAGAGAAGCGCUCAGAACUCUGUAAAAUUCAGAUCCAGAUUGUCUGGCUGAAGUCACUCGCAGUAGCCGUCAAGGAUGAGGCUGUCAUGGAAGGCACAUAAUGGCACAACUGCAAGGCAGUGAAUGGGUGCUGGAGGGUUGUUGUGUAGGAGUUCACUGUACUUCAC